CUGCUGAGCACUUGUCUGGAGCAGCUGUAAAGGGCCUUCCCCCCUAGCAAGGGAGAUGGCAGCGCGGUGGGCCGUGCUGGGGCUCUUGGCUGCCUGCGUGGCCACUGCUGCGAAGGAAUCUGUGCUGAAUGUGUGCAUGGACGCCAAGCACCACAAAACCAAGCCAGGCCCAGAGGGGGCGCUGCAUGGCCAGUGCGCCCUGUGGAAAGACAACGCCUGCUGCACGGCUGAGACCAGCACAGGGGCCCACCAGGACCAGUCCUACCUGUACAACUUCAACUGGAACCACUGCGGGGUGAUGCCAGAGAUGUGCAAGCGGCACUUCAUCCAGGACACGUGUCUGUACGAGUGCUCGCCCAACCUGGGGCCCUGGAUCGACCAGGCAGAUAACAGCUGGCGCCGGGAGAGGAUCCUCAAUGUGCCGCUGUGCAAGGAGGACUGCGAGCUGUGGUGGGAGGCCUGCAAGGACGCCGUCACCUGCAAAGAGAACUGGCACAAGGGCUGGAACUGGACCUCAGGGACCAACCGGUGCCCCCGUGGCUUCACGUGCCAACCAUUCAAAUACGUCUUCCCCCGGCCGGCGGACCUGUGCGAGAAGAUCUGGUCCAACUCCUACAAAUACACCACGGAGCACCGGGGCAGCGGGCGCUGCAUCCAGAUGUGGUUCGACCCUGCCAAAGGGAACCCCAACGUGGCCGUGGCCAAGUACUAUGCCCAGAAUGGGAGAGACGCCUCUCCUGUGCCACGGGCUGUCCUGCUGCUGCUGCCGGCUGCUCUCCUGGCCCUGCUCUGAGCAUCCAGAAGCCUCUGGCAGCUCCACUGGCUUAUACAGGAAAUAUUUCCGCUCGGGGCACAGGGUGUGUUUGCCCUGUUUUGGGCUCUGGCCAGCAGAUUCAGGAUUCUGUCUGGCUACUGCUAACCCUGACAAGACAUGAUAGAACCAGAUUAGUCCCUCCCUUCCCCUGUCAUUGUCCCUCUGAUCUUAUUGUCUGUUCUCCUGCCAGGCUCCUCUCUCCCAGCAGGCUCUGGGGAGAUCCCUCCAUGUCCUGGGGAUCUGAGCUCUGUAACAUGCAGCAACUCCCUGGCUGGGUGUAUUUAUUCUGUCAGGUUCCAGGGCAGGUCCCCUCUAAUUAUGGUGCCCUCAGCUACCUAGCUUCCUUGUCUGAUCCCUGCCAUCCUGCGCACCCUGGAAAUACAGGGGUCCCCUGCCCUGGCUCGCAGCCUGCCCUGGUGUCUCUGCUUCAGCAGACUGGACACUCACAUGGGGCUCCAGUGCACCCCCCACCCCCAAACUACACCCUGCCCUUUAAGGGUGAGCCCAUGUGCAGCCACCACCACCCUUAUGCUCCUAGCUGCAGGGUUCUGCUGCCUAGUUGGAGCAGAUGCAUGGGGAGGGAGGGACCCCCCCUCAACUCCCCUGCUGUCAGAGCUCCCCCACCCCCUCUGUCCUGCCUGGCUCUGGUUUCCCAGCGGGGCUCUCAGCAUGUGGUCAAUGGGAAGCGCUGCCUGGCUUGGCAGGAUGCUCCCAGCUCUAGCUCUUGCCUGGAGCUGGACUCCUGCUCUGCCAGGUGGUGACUGCCUGGCCUCUAACCUGCUCCAGGACUAGCUGUGGCUGCACACCGUGCUCCCAGCGCUGGCUGCAGGCCCAGUGACCAGGGCCAGCCCCUAGCACCAGAGCAGAGCCUGGGCUCGCUGUCCUGCCCUUGUGCCCCUGAGCUGCAGGUGGGAACUGUCUGGAACUGAGACCUCCCAGCUUGUGAGAGAAUCUGGCAAAAUAAACUGUCCCAGCCCUGCUC